UUCUGGCCGCCUAGCUAUCUGCCAAAGCUACUCUGACCUUCCUUGGGGUGGCCUAUACACCAACAUAUUCAGUGACUGGCCGGAUCCUGUUGUCCUGGGAACCUUUACGCCCUUUGGAUGUGGUAGCAUUUCUCUUCCUCAUAGGAAAGUCAUAGCCAUGAUGUUUAAUCAGGAUGGAGGCAUGCUGAUCAGCAAGAAAGGAAACAUCGUACGAGAGUGGAUGUGGCCUUCCAAGGGAAAGAUUGAAGAUCCAAUUGAAAUCGGGGUAAAUCAAUAUAUCACUGUGACUAUUUCGGGGCGCUUCGCCAUCACCUUGAUGUACAAACGGCAUCCGCAAAGCCUGAAGCUGUCACUGGCGCCUGUGAAACACAAGCCUCCACAUUUACCUAAUAAGAUGUUCCCUGAUAUCCACCCUUCUACCGGAGACGCUAAGGAAAUGUUGGCGACCUACAAAAUGAAGUGCAGGCUGCUGAAGUUCAUGGCCCAGAACAAAGAUGCUUCAAGUUUGGCCGACCCGGUGGACACGGACCCUGAUGAUCCAGGACCGGACAUAAGCCUUCUGCAUGACCUCGUGGCAUCCAUCAAACUAAGCAAAAUGCAGAAGAAGGUCAAGCACAUCCUCCUUCACUGGCUGAAUUACUACAGAUCCACAUUGGGGCUGGAGUCACUGCACGUUUGCAAGCUGCCCAUGUUUGCCAAAAAAGCGGUCAGAAAACCGAAGGUUGCAUUUGCAAUACCUGCCUUGAGUCGGAACGCAAAGGAAGCCGAUUGGUACAAGGAGUAUCUUCGGUACCGAAAUACCUUCCUGGCGCUGAAGGAGUUCUUCAAGCCUUUGCCUUACCAUUACAUCCACAGGACCUCAGCCACCAACCAGUGCUCCCGGCUUCCUCUUCUCACUGGGAGGAAGGACUUGUGGUUUUCCUCCCAGCUGGCUUGUCCUGUGGUCCUGAGGAAGACCAUGCGUGGGGAGAAAGGGGUCGUGUGCAGAUGUAGCUGUCACAUCAUCCCCGAGGUGACAGACCUGGAGUAUGACAACCUCAUCAGCAACCAGCUGUCGCACGUGGACCAGAUCAUCGUCGUCUGUGUGUUCUCAGCCAAGAAAGAGGAUAAGACUAUAGGGGAGGUGACCGGCGUCUACAAGGAAGUGAACAAAUCCAGACACAUGCCUUGCGUUCAGAGUCAUUUGGAUUCCUUCCGGCUGCUCAAAUACGAUGUGACGUCUGCGUCUAAGUUUACGGAACCUGGCCGCCCGCUCCUAGUCCGAAGACACAAUCUCACCCCGGGAAUUUUUUUGAUGUACAUUCGAGGAAAGUUACUCUUUGCCAACUUUAUCUUCAAUGGGUACAGCACAUCAGCUAAUGACCUUCAAAAGCAAAUUGUGAAGACAAGAAAGGAUUAUCACAAGGGCUAUUUCCUCCCCAGCGACUUCAGGAUACGCAACUGCACUGGGUAGAACGAUGCUCCUCUAACAGUUUAGUCAAAGAGAAGUCGGGCGUACUCUCUUCUACAAUGGUGUCGACACAAGAAACUGGUUUGGACCAUUCUUUUUCCAAUUACUAUAUCGUAAUUCCCUUCCUUAAAGAUGGAUAACCGGAGGCCCGAUGCAUGAAGCCUGAUUAUAAAAUAGCCUGACAUACCACUCACACUGCACAUGAUGAAAACCUGAGUCCCACAGCACAUAAAUGGUGCAAUGAAGUGGAUACUAGGAGAGCUGCUUCUAGAUGGAGUCUAAUUUUACUUGAAAAUGUUAUUUUUUUCAUUCGAGAGAGGAAACUCAUCUUGCUUAUUUUAUAUAUUAAAGGCUAAUUUAGGCAUGUCUGCUACUAAAUGAUGGUGAAAAUUCUGUCACUCGGUUAUUGACCUUAGCUCUAAUACUGAUAAAUCAUGAUAAAUCAUAUAUAAAAGAAGCUUUUAUAUAUUCUUCCUUCUGCUGAAUGAAAGAAAGUGCUGGGGCUGGUUAAAAACCUAGCGGAUGAAGGAAUAAAGUCUUCAUGGCCUAGAGUCUACAAGCCCAUUACUUUUCAGAUAUCUUCAAUAAUUAAUGUUUUCUUGCUUUCCAGGCUUAAUGUACUUCGUUUUGGAAAUGAAGAUGCAUUUCUCUUAAAAAAAAAAAAAAAAAAAGCCAAAGAAAUUUAUAACAGCAUGUGGUAUCCAAUUCAACAGAAAAUAUAAGUGACAAAGCUAA